UUACGGGUAACAUUUUGUGCCGGUAAAAUGUCGGUGUUGCUGGCUGAUAUCGAUGCGACUUGUGCGGCUUUGGGCUACUCCGAUGGCCAACAGUAUCAGGCUGAGCCAGAUGCCAUACAAGGUUUAAAGCAUCUCAUUUGGAUUUUACGUCGUGAUUUGGAUAAUCAUGAGUAUCGUCGACAUUUGGGUCGUGCCAAAGUCUUGCAAACGGAUUUAGUUUAUAUGCUGCCUGACUAUGUCGAGGAUGAUGAAUAUGCCGACGUACUCAUACGUCUGCUGGUCAUAUUAACGAAUCCCACAUUAUUGCUGUAUCGUGAUGGGCCACCCAAGGACAAUCAUGGUCGUAAGGUUUUCCUUGAACUCAUUGAUAUUCUGCAGGGCUAUAAGAAUGCCUUUACACGUGAUAAAAUUUGGUCGGCUCUGUUUGGCAAAUUAAAGAAAUCAUUAGAAAUUGAUUGGGCACUACGCAGUGAAGAGCAGAGUCUUUUAAUUGAACGUAUUUUGGUUUUGAUACGAAACGUGCUUCAAGUGCCAGCAAAUCCUGAGACUGAAUGUCGUGCCGAUAAUGAUGCCAGCGUACAUGAUCAGGUUAUUUGGGCUUUGCAUCAGUCAGGCAUUUUAGAUUUGGUAUUGUUCAUAAUUUCAUCGUCGGAUGAGAAUCAAUUCCAUUUGCACUGUUUGGAAAUUGUGUGUCUACUGUUUCGGGAACAGACAGCAGAAAAUCUGGCUGAUGCCUCACUGCAACGCAGUGUCAGUGAAAAACAACGUGACGAACAGGAACUCUUGGCAGCACGACGACGUGAAAAACAACGUCUAGCCUCAAAACCGGCUGCUGGACGGCAUUCACGUUUUGGCGGCACGUUUGUAAUACGUAAUCUAAAAUCUGUCUCAGAUCGGGAUAUAAUCUGCCAUCAGCCAUUGGGACGUGUCACAUCGAUUGAUUUGGAUCGAGAAAAGCAGCAACAGAAACGUCCGCAUCGUCAUAUACAGGAAGAGGGUCAGGUGACACGACGUAGUGCGUUUUCCGUACGUUUGUGUUUACGUGAGUAUUGUAUCGAAAUCUUGCGUUCGGCAUACAAUACAUUAGUACGUCAAGUGAGACGUGUAUUGGAACGUAAUUCAGGAUCAACCAGUCAUGAUGAUUCGUACUUAUUGUGGGUCAUACGUUUCUUUAUGGAAUUCAAUCGUCUAAGUGAUAUGAAAUUGGAAUUAGUAAGCGAAUCAUUGAGCGUUCAGUGCUUUCAUUGGGUUUUAACACGUAUGCAACAUGAUAUGGACAUGAUUGUUAGCGAAAAGAAACAAGCUCGUCUUUGGGCCAAACGUUUACAUGUUACUUUACUGACAUUCCGUGAAUUGCUUCAUAGUCUGUUGGCAUUACAAAAACUUCAAGAUGACAAUGCUCGAGCACUGUUCGAUAUGUUAUUGAACAAUGUCUGUUAUGUCCUGGAAUAUCGAGAGACAAUAUUGCAUCUGUUAAUGAACUACAAUGAGGCGCACAGUACCAAAGCCUAUUUGCGUGAUGUGGUUGAAACAGCCAAUAUUUUCAUUAAAAUGAUGGAGAAAUUUUGCAAAGAUUCGGUGGUGGUGCAGGAUAAGAAACGAUCCAAGAAACGUUCUAAUAAAAAAACAAAAAAAUCCGAAAAACCAUCCCAAGAAACUGAGGAAGAACUAUCCAAUCGCUGGGCUGAAAUGGCUGGUGAGGUAUCAGAAAUUCUGUCAAAUGAAUUGCAACUGGCAGAGGAAGAUCAACCCAUACCAUUUGAUUCGGCAUCUGAUGUACCAAUUGAUGAUCAAAAGGAAGAUUGUAUGAUAAGGAUUCAUAAAAUGUUGCGUACUGGUAAAUUGGAACAUGGCGUUGCAUUAAUGCGUGCUGCCAGAGAAGUCUGGCCUGAAAACGAUGUAUUUGGAGCCAUGUCUGCCGCUCCUGAAGACGAAAUGCUGCUAAUGAGAGAAAUAUUCAUGCACAACAUUACAACAGUUGACCCCAGUGAAAAUGAUCAAAAUGAAGGUGAAAAUUCCGGACGCAGUGAUGAUGACGAUGAGGAAAAUGAAGAUGCAGAUGAUGGCAUGGUCGAGAAAACUUUUAAAUUUGAUGAUUUUGCCAAAAGAUUACUAAAUCCAAAAAUAGUUCGUGCUUGUGUUGUGGUACUUUCUGAUUGGGAACAAAUACCUACAAAAUCCCUAAAAGCAGCUGUAACCAUACUACAUCGUAUUGCCUAUGGAUGUUCAUGUCCGGCCAUGCUUUAUCAGGCCAAACUAUUUCGUAUCUUUCAACAAGUUUUCCAUGCUGGCCGUGAUGCACAUCAUGAGGAAUUGCGUCGUUUGGGCAUUUAUGUUGUACGUAAAUUUGUGGAAACCGCACCAAAUAAUCCAAAAAUCUACGCUGAAUUGUUGUUCUACAAAUCGAUUAAGGAAGCAAAUGAACUGGAAAGUGGCUACUGUGAUGCCUAUGAAUCUGGCACCAAAGGAAUCUGGACCGAAGAACAGGAGUCGGAGUUGCGUUUUCUAUUUGAAGAGAAUCAACGAAAUCCUGAAACUGACAAGGAUGUGAUUGAUUGGAUUUUAGAAAACAUCGGUGAUAAGACACGUAACAGACGUGGAGUCCUGAAGAAGCUCAAGGAAAUGGGUUUGAUGUUUAAGGCGCCAACCAAAAAAUCCACUGCUGAUGCACAAAAUAAAAACUUGUUUCGCUCUGAGGAAGAUGAAGAACUACGCAGCCUCUACGAUCAAUAUCGAACUGAAGAUGAUUGUCUACAACGUAUUCUAGAUGAAUUUGGCGAGAGACGUAAUAAACAAGCUAUAAUCAAGAGAAUGUUGCAAUUGCAUAUUAUAGCCGAUAAAUCGGAAAUUUUACCCCAAAAGCCACGUAAACGCAAGUCGAAAAAACAAAUGGAGAAUGAAGAAGGAGGAGAGCACGAUGAAUAUGAAUUUAUGGAAGAACCAGAAUUGGAUGAAGCUGAUAGACCUAGUUCGUCCAGGCAGAGUAAGGCUAAGAAGCCAACCAAAGCAAAACCACGCAAGAUAGUACGUACUCCUCUAGAUGUGGGCACGGUUAGAGCUUUGUUGGGACAAAUUGAUGCCGACAAAUACCAAGAAGCUAUAGAUUGGCUUAAGGAAUGUUUAGAUGAUGCCGCUGAAGAUACUGAGCUAGCUGAGGAAGAAGAUGAUGGCGUUCCUUUGGUACCCUUGCAGGAAUUGCAAAAAGAAGCCAUGGAAGAUGAUAAUUUCAAAAAGGUUUUGGUAGCCUUGGGCAUACAACCUCCUGUCUUUGGCAUGGAAAGCUAUUGGCGUAUACCCAUUUAUUUGAAUUCGGCUGACUUGAAAUUAAGAGCCAAAAUAGUGGCGGGCGAAGAAGUUGACAUUGAUGUGGAUGAUUUGGAAGAAGAUGACAACGGAAGCGAUAAUGAUAGUGCUGAAGAAAACAAUGAUAAUCGAGAUGGCGAUGAGAGUGAAGAAGAUUAUUUGGAAACUUUGGGCAUGGCCAAAGAACGUAAGAAGUUGGAUAAUUUGGAAAAUUACAUGGAGCAACAGAGGGAGAAAAUGAAAAACUUGAUGUUUAGCAAGAGUGAUGAGGAGACUGAAGAACGUGCUCCCUUAAAAGAUAAAAAGAAAACCAAAGCCAAAAGGGAAACCAAGGCUAAGAAAAAGAAGGCAGACUCUGAUUCGGAAGAAGAUACGGAAAUGGUGAAUAAAAUUAAAAAAAAAUUGGAUAAAAAGAAACGCAACAAUGAUUUGAGCAGUGAAGAGGAAGAUGGAGAAGAAACGUUCAAAAAACCUAAAGAAAAGGAAGUGGUCAAACCCGAUACAACCGAUUUGUUUGAUCAAUUAAAGGCCAAAAGAGCUAAGAGUAAAAUCAAUCUUAAGGAUAUGGUGGCCGAAAAGAAUAAAGACAAUGAAGGCGAGGAGGAUGAUAUUGAUUUACAUUUCAACUCUGAGGAUUAUCGCAAACGUUUAGCUGAAUUGGGCGACGAUGAUAAUAAUGAUGGCAGUGAAGGAGAAGAGGACACUGAACAGCAAACCUUAAGCAAUCGUUCUCGUCGAGCCAAUGUAAUUGAAUCAGAUUCUGAUGAUGAUGGUGAUGUUGUUGACAAUGUUAAUAAAGCCAACAACAUAUAUAAACAAGUCUUCAAUGAUGAUGACAACAAUUAUGCAGAUGAUGAUGGUGUUAAAUCCAUUAAAAAACAACAAGCAGCUGGCGACAAUAUAAAAGACUCGUCUAAAACAUCAACUAAAAAACGCCGACGUUCCCUAGAUGAAGACAAUACUGAUGAGAUGAAGCAGGAGGAUGAUGCUGAUGAUGACGACGAGGAUGCUAAAUUUCUAAAACGCAAGAAGCCAUCACCAACUAAACAACGUGUUGCAGAGACUGGUGAAGAACCAGCUAAACGACGCCGUGUUGCUGUCAUAGACGAUGAUGAUGAGGAUGAUUGAGCAAACAAUUUUAGUUUUACUUUUUCUCUCUUAUGUUGUAUGCAAUGAUUUUCAUUUAAGUUUAUAUUUGUUUUACUAUCUUUUCU